AUGAGGUACGAAGUCCAAACCGAUUGUGUUAAACCAACGAAGCACAUGUUUAUUAGCUUACUCGUAGCAACCCAAUCAGUUGUUCCCGCAAACGAAACCUUCAAGUACGUUAACCAAGGCGAUUUCGGUUUUUUCAUCAAUGAAUACGAUGCCAGUUACCGAGCAAUACCCAUCGCAACUCAUCCCUUCCAGUUUGCUUUCUAUAACACCACCCCAAAUGCCUACAUCCUCGGGCUGCGUAUGGCCGUCGCGUUUUCUGAGUCCGUCCGGCGUUGGGUUUGGGACGCCAACCGCGGAAAACCAGUCAAGGAAAACGCGACGCUGACCUUUGGCCGCGACGGAAAUUUGGUCUUAGCUGACGCCGAUGGCAAGGUGGCUUGGCAAACCGGCACCGCCAAUAAAGGUGUAGUCGGCCUGGAACUACUCGAGAAUGGUAACUUGGUAUUAUAUGAUAGCAAGAAGAAAUUCGUUUGGCAAAGCUUUGAUUAUCCAACCGAUACGCUUUUGGUGGGUCAAGCCUUGAAGGCCCCCAGAUCGACCAGGCUUGUGAGCCGAUUGUCGGUUGCUCAACCGGUCAACGGUCCUUACAGUUUCGUGAUGGAGAAGCAAAACUGGGCAAUGUACUAUCAGAGCCCAAAUUCACAAAAGCCUUUGGUGUACUCCAGAUCAAAAGAAUUCGGCAAUGGCAACGGCACUUUGGCAUCUCUUGAAUUCUUCAGUACUCCAGAAAAUGACUGGAAUCAUGCAUUCAACACUGGUCUCCAGAGUACAAUGCCUGGAUCGCAAGGCGGUGGGUCAGAUACAUUGACAAGGCCUAAAUAUAACACGACAUAUAGUUUUCUUCGAGUUGACAUUGACGGAAACUUGAGAAUAUACACCUACGACGACAUUGUCGAUAAUCAAGCAUGGGAGAUUACUUUCGUGCUAUUCGAUCGUGAUGAAGGUAGGGCAAGCGAGUGCAAUUUGCCGAGGAGGUGCGGAUCACUCGGCGUGUGUGAGGACGAUCAAUGCGUCGCGUGCCCUAAGCAGCAAGGAUUGUUAGGGUGGAGCAAGACUUGUGCACCACCAGCUCUGCUACCAUGCAAAGCUGGCUCAAUGGUGGACUAUUACAAGGUUGAUGGAGUUGAACACUACACAAGUGAAUUCAAUCCGGGAAGUGGACCAAUGAGUUUGGCUCAAUGCAAGGUGGUAUGCACCAAAGACUGCAAGUGUUUGGGUUUCUUCUACCAGCGGAAGACUUCCAAAUGCUUGUUGGUGCCUGUUUUGGGUACUUUGGUCAAGGUUCCAAACUCCACCUAUACCGGUUAUAUCAAGAUUUCUAAGUAG